AUGAUACUCAAUUUGGUUAAUAAAUUCCGUUGUCCUUCGUAUAAUAGUGUUGGUAAAAUGUCUCAAAAAGUUACUCAACGUCGCGGUCUCCUAUACCAUAUCACGUUUUCAUGUACUUGUUCAUUUGAAACAUCUUUUACAAAUUCAAUACAAUUGGUUCAUUCAGCUACUGCACCCAUGGAUGAACUCAACAUGAUGGCAUGUGUAGCAGCUAAUGUUGCUGGAAUCAAACGAACAAGCAUGACUACAAUUUUAGGCAUGUUGAACAUUUUACCACCAGUUCAAAUUGAAAACUGGCAGAAAUAUCAGAAAAUAUAUUCAAAUGCUUUGGAUGCUGUGAAAGAUGAAAGUCUUGGAGGAGCUGCUGAAGAAGCAGCAGAACAAUCAUCUGAAACUGCUGAUCGUGAAGGAGUUACAAAUAUCAAAGUUUUAAUUGAUGGUACAUGA